ACAAAGCGACCAAUGGGCUUCGCCACUAAUCAACAUUCCAAAAACCGGACAUUAGGAUAAGCAAAGCAGUUUCGGUAAAAGGAUUAUACCAAAGGAGGCAAUAAUUCUUUACAUUAGAGCUGAUUAAUUCGUUCUACCAUGCGCCCAGACACGCAUUAGGGCAAACCAGUCAGGACAAAAAUGUUGAACAACCCGACCCAACCCUGCAAAAAUUUACAUCUCAAACAACGUGAAACUCGUCCACACACAUACACGAACCAAAAUCCCCUAAAAACCAGACUCACUGCGGGGACAGGUGGAGCAUUUCCCCGUCUUAUCGAUCCCCACGACCAUUUUGUCCGUGCCCCCGUUCACGCGCACCAAUGGAUUGCCGAGGCGCGCAGUUGCGAGGGGCGUGUCUUGCACCGGCGCUGCAAAGCAACCACGACCCGCCCCGAAGCGGUGACGAAGCGGCCCGACCGGUUAAGCAGGAUCUAAGCUAGGUCGAAUCUCCAAACGUCAGUUCGUGUAUGUACGGUCGUUUCGGAGGACGGUUCGUGAUUGCCGUCAGGCUUUUGACUCAGUUUUUUUUGAGUAACAAUUUAACAACGUUCCGAAGGUCUGUGGUCAAUUUUGAAAACGUUUCACGUGAGUUCUGGUGCUUCAGAGGUGUGAAAUAGUUUGACUGUUCUCCAAACCCCGACACCGUAAUCCGAUUUCCAGACUUGCCGCAAGCAUUGGACUGUGUAUGUAAGGCAGAAAAUCGUUCGGGGGGCUGGUGCUGAGUCAGGAUUGAGUGCCGACAACAUUCAUGUGCGAUUAAUACAGUUAGGUAUAAUCCGAAGGACUGGCUAGUGACGGUUUUUCUCGGUGGUGAUCAAACGUGAUCCGGUUAUGGUGAUGUCGGAGCAGGCCGGCGUUAUCGCCAUGCAUCAUCAAUUGCCGAUGCACCAUCACCAAAGGGGGUUGGUUCAACCGAGCCUGGUGAUGAACCCCAUUGGUCUGAACGAUGGCUGUUCCAUUGACGGUGGACCAAACAAAAAGCCACGCCGUUUAAGCCAUUGCAUGGGGUGCGGUAGUCAAAUUCACGACCAAUACAUACUACGAGUGGCACCUGAUCUGGAAUGGCAUGCUGCCUGCCUGAAAUGCCAGGAAUGCCACAUGUUUCUGGAUGAGAGCUGCACAUGCUUUGUUAAGGACGGCAAAACUUACUGCAAACGCGACUAUGUGAAAUUAUUCGGCACGAAAUGCGACAAAUGUGGCAGCUCAUUUAGCAAAACCGAUUUUGUGAUGCGGGCCAAAAGUAAAAUCUACCACAUUGAGUGUUUCCGAUGCUGCCAGUGUGCGAGACAGCUGGUACCCGGAGAUGAGUUUGCUUUGAGGGAUGGAGGAGCGCUUUACUGCAAGGAGGACCAUGACGUAAUUGAGGGUCAGAAAGGUGGAGGAGGAGCCUCGGGGCCGACCACACCACAUCCAGGGCCGACGGAGAGUAACAACAAUACAAGUCUGAGCAAUAACAAUCACAAUAGUAAUUCAACGGAGUUGGGAUGUAUGAGUGAUUCGGGUUCUGAGAGUGGUUCGCACAAAGGUGGAGCAUUGCGAGGAAGUAAAGGCAGUGGCGGAGUCUCAGGUGGAGGUGGAGGUGAUGGUAAACCAACUAGAGUUCGGACUGUUCUCAAUGAAAAACAGCUACACACUCUACGCACUUGCUAUGCAGCUAACCCGCGCCCCGACGCCCUAAUGAAGGAACAACUAGUGGAAAUGACCGGCCUGAGUCCUCGAGUGAUCCGAGUGUGGUUCCAAAACAAACGGUGCAAAGACAAGAAAAAAACCAUCUUGAUGAAACAGCAAAUGCAACAGGAAAAGUUUUAUACGCAGGAUGGCCGCAAAUUGGGGUACGGUGCCAUGCAAGGCAUCCCUAUGGUGGCUUCUUCGCCCGUACGUCACGAUUCCCCUCUGGGCGUCCAUCCUUUGGAGGUUCAAGCUUACCAGCCUCCAUGGAAGGCGCUCCACGACUUUGCCAUGCAUUCAGACCUGGAGCAACCGCAUCCGCCGGCUUUCCAACAAUUAGUUAAUCAAAUGCAUGGGUACGACCUGCCUCCUCCGUCCAUGGGCGGGCCGCCACCAGGAGGCGUAGGAGGCACAGGCGGACCGCACCCAGGCUCCCUACUAGGGGCUGGAGGCCCUCCUCCUCCUCCUGACUCCAUGACUCAUCCCGACAGUACGGACGGCUACGUUACCUACCUCGAAAGCGACGAUAGCUUGCCUGCAAGCCCCUAACAGGGCGGCUAGCGGACGCCCUUUGAAAUUAAGCCCCUACUAGAAGAGUUUGCCGCGCCGCACACCAACACCAUGCUUCCCGAAGACUUGUCCGUUAAGCAUGAGGAGGAGACGGUGGAACGCGUCCCAUUUCUGACUCCUUUCGGGCCACGUCCACGCAAUUCCAAAUAUGCGAAACAGAAAAAAGUGGCGCCACGUGGCCUGCAGGGGUCUUCGGAGGCACCGUGGGGUGUUGAAUCUCAAGCCGCUCUGUUGAGGGCUUGCUGGAGCAACUUGAUGGGGAUGAAUUUCGGGGCGAACAUUUAGAGUUAGAUUAUUAGGCGAAAUUUGUGAUCGAUUUUUCUUUUUUUGUAAUUUUCUUUUUAUCACGUUUUUUUUUUGUAUCAGUAGUGGCGUAGUCACGGGACAUAACUGCAAUAAAGAUUUUCGAUUGGUUCAGUUGAAAAUUUUCCAGCGCCUUUAAUGGCUGUAUUCGCAAAUGACUCACAAAAUGAGGCUUAAUUAAAGAACUUAACUUUCAGCUACAAAAUGUUGAUGUUUUACAGAAAAACUUCUCUAUACUAACAGUAAAUAAUUUUCUGCUGUGCAACUAUUUUUUUAUUUCUUCCAGAGGCAGUUUGUGCAGUCUUAGCUCUGAUCAAUUUAAGGGGAAAAGUGAUUUUUUGUUCUACAUAGAAAUUAGAAUUGAAUCAUCCUUGUUUCUCGCUGAGCUAAUCCGGACUCUUCAGUUUUUUAAGUUCUUCUGUUCUGGUCUCAAAAUGCAGUCAAUAAUGGAUAAACUCUAUGCAAAGUCAAUUGAGAAAAGAGUUCCGACUACGCCGCCCCAAUGAAGCCAAUUUUAAAUUUGAAAACACUUUUCGUCUUUCUGGUUUGCAAAAAAGUGUUUACGCAUAUUUCGUAUUUUCAUUUAAUCAUCGAGCAGCAUUUGAAUGUAAAAUGGAAUGCUGAUUCCACAUCCAGAAAGACUCAAAAAAUUAUAUGUAAGUAAUAUAAAAGUAUUUUUGUCCAGUACAGUCAGCAAAUGCAUAGAGCAUUAUAAUGAUUUAAUUUUAUAUUAAUUUUAUAUACUUACAUUUGGUGUACAUUCACAAAUGAUUUAUGGGUUUGUCAUCGCAUAAAGCAAUGGCACGCGUAAGUCGAUUUUUUCAUAUCUCAAGUCUUCUUUAAAAUCUUCCAAUUUGGAUAGCUGGUUAUUAACAAUUAAUCACUCAAACAAUCAUGUAAUUACACAAAAUGUAAUUAAUAGUAAUUUAAUAUUUAUUUUUUUUUAAAUAGUAAGAACUACAACAGAUUUAGUGUGUUCCAAAGAGUUUGUAACAUAUGGAAAUAUGUUAUUAUUGAUUUUAAAAAAAUUAUAAGUGCAGAUAGUUGGGAGCUUUUUCUAAAAAUCUUCUGGUUUUCAGCACAGUAACUUAAAGUUAACUUGGGUAUAUUUUAGCUUUUAGCUUUUCUUUAAUAGUUGAACACAAUCUUCUGUUGGUGCCAUUGCCUUAGGGAACAUUCCCUAGUGCUAGUAGGUAGCAAAAUAUGUUAAAAAAGUAAUAAUUUAUUGGUCAAAGAUUUGCAUUUUUAGCAACUGCCUUUUUCGUUUCCUUGCGCUUUAAUUCUCUUUGAAAUUUGUCACUCGCAGUUAAAAGUGUUUCAUUAAUAAUUAUUAGAUGUUAUUCACCUAAAAGAAACUGAUUUUAAUGACCGUAUGCUAUAAUAUGUACUGCUGGCUGUAUUAUUAAAUAUCGAAAUUAAUAAGUGCAAUUAAAAUGCGUUAUUUUUCAAGAAUAUCUUUAACUUGGUUAGAAAAUAAAGCGCACUGUUUGUAAGCAUCCAAACAAGUUUGUAACAUUUGUAUUCAAACUAUGUAAAUAAAACGUUGUUGAUCUUGAAAUUUACCGAUUAAGUUAUUGUAAGAUUGUGAAAUAAUCUGCACGCAAAUUUCAUUUCGUAACAUCAAAGAACAGUACAUUUUUAUAUAAGAAAAUCACAUUUUUGUUCAAUCAGUGGAUGUGUCCACACAGGGACCAUUUCAGAACAAGCAAAGCUGUUAUUAUGUGUUUUCUCAAAAAUCUGCGCCGACCAAUAUGAUUCUUUAAUUGCUUAUUGAAAGUUGAAAGACGCAUAAAUGCAGAUUUUUCCCAGUAAAAGUAUUAAGUGAUUCGCUC